AUGAUUAAUAUGGAAAAAUGGGAAUCACAAAAUAAAUGUUUAAAUAUUUUUUUUCCUUUAAAUGUAGAAAUAUCAAAUAAACAAUUAUAUUAUUUAUAUGGUAUUUCAAAUGAAAAUACAUUUGUUGUUAUCCAUGUUUCCUAUAAAUAUAUAGACAAAUUUAAAAUAAAAAAGAACGAUAAAAACAAAGAUGAUUGGAAAUAUUUUAGAAUCAUUGGAGAAAUAAAUUUAGUAAAAAACUUGGAAGAGUUGCAAAAUAGCAAAAUUACAAAAUGCGUUGAUAAUAGUAUAAAUAAUUAUUUACUCCUUAGUUAUUAUAAAAAUAAGCCAAUAUUUAUAAAAAAACUGAGAAAUGAAGAAAAUAAAAAUGCUUUAUUUAUGCUAUAUAAUACAAAUAAAUAUAUAUACAAUCUUUCUCUUGAUCAUGUAAAUAACUUGGUUUCGGAAGCAUUUAGUAGAGGAGAAAUAUUUAUAAAAGAAAACAAAAAUUUAGAAGCACAAAGGAAGAAUAAAAAAAACCUUAAUUUAUAUAAGGAAGAAAAAAAAAAUUGUGAAGAAUACAUAUAUGAUAAAAUUAAUGAGAUAAAUAGACUUAAUGUAGAUAAUGAAAUUAUUAAUGAAAAUUAUGAUAAUGAUAAUAUUAAAAAAAAUAAAGAAGUGAAUGAAAAAGAUAAUAAAAAGAAAAAAUGUAAAAAUAUACAAGAUAAAAAGAUAUCAAAUUAUUGCAAGGACUUUAAUAAGGAAGAAAAAUGUUCUGAUAAGUUAGAUUCAGGUUGCAAUUUGGAAUGUAAUUUAAAAAGCGAAGAAGAAUUAAUUAGUUUUAAUUUUGUUGAAGAUAAGAUAAUGAAAUCAUUAGAUUUAAAACAGAUAAUUUCAUUUAUUAAUAAAAAGUGCAUAUAUGCAAAUAGCAUAGAAAAUUAUAAUAGUGCUAAUAAUUCAAAUAGAAGAGAUUUUUUUUUGAAAAAAGAAAAAAAAUACAUAAUUUCUUUUGUAUUUUAUAUAUUAAUAUUUUUUAUAUAUUUCAUUUCUUUGAUAAAUAGAUCUUUGUAUUAUAUAAUUUAUAAACCUAAUUUUUUUAAUAAAUUCAUUUCUCCAAAAAGAAAAAUAAAUACUUUUCAUUUGUUAAAAGAAAAGUUAUUAUUUCACUCGGAGUGGUAUUAUAUAAUUGAUAAUUUAAUUAGAAAUAAAAAAAAUCCUUCAGAAUAUCAUAAAUAUAAACAAAUAUUAUUAAUUCGAUUCUUUAAUCUAAUAACAGAUAUGCUUCUGGGAGUAACUAUAUAUUUUUUGUUGACAUUUAAUAUAAUUAAUUUUUAUUUUUUUUGUGAUAAAUUAAAAAUUUUUUAUGAUUCUAGAACUUUAACGUCUAUAUUAGGUACAUUAUUACAAAACCCUUUAGGUUUAAAAUUAAAUAAUAAUUUUACUUCUUUUAUUGGUAGUGUUAUAGUUUCUAUUUUAGAUAAAUGGGAUUAUUUAAGAAUUACAAUUUCAAUAAAAAAGCGUUAUAUUGUAGAAUUUUUUAGAUAUUCCUCUUUAUUAGGCCUAUCUUUUUUUCUUUCACUUCUUAUUGAUUACUUAAGAUUUAUAACUGCUCAUGUUAGUCUUAUUUUUUUUUUUUUAAAAAAGAUGUGUACAUCUUUUAAUAGUAAUAUAUAUUCUUUGUACUUACUAUUCAAUGGCAAAAAAUGGAAUAUAUUAAAAUUAAGAGUAGACACGAAUUAUUAUACAAAUGAAGAAGUCAUUUUUGGAACCAUAUUAUUUACUAUGUUAAUAUUUUUAUACCCAACUACUUUUGUACUGGUUGUAGUUUUUGGAAUAAUUUAUUUUAUAAUCAAUAGGAUAAUAUACUCUUUGUUUCUUUUAAAAGAAAUAAUACUAUAUUCUCCUUUUUAUAUUUUUUUUGUAACAUCUAAUUUUAAUAAAUAUAUUAGUACGGGAAUAAAAUUUACCAAAUUUGAAAAUCUGGAAUAUGAAGAAUUAAAAAAUUUUCCCAAAUCAUAUUACUUACUUUUAGAAAAUAAUAAAUUUUUAUUUUGUGAUAAAAUAAAGUUACUUAUAAAUAUUUUUUUUAAUUCUGAUAAAUAUAAAUAA